UCUAUCGGAUGUCCGCGCUCAUUCUCAAUGCGGACGCCAUGCGUUGCGUAACGCUUAGAUCGGAUCCGAAGCAAAAACGCGAAAGGAGGUAACGAACGAAUUCGUUUUUGGAUUUUUCGUUAAUAUCGUCUAUUCCUCCCCACCAUCACGUUCAACAACCACCACCCACCGCUAGCGCCAUGUCUUGAUACAGGUCGCAAAUUAGUUCGUUUGUUCGUUCGUAUUUCGGUGGUAUAUUGUUUUGAGAAAAUACAACAGUAACAGCAACGACAGUAAACAACGGGAAAGUAUACGUCAAGUUUGGUGAAGGGGCUGGUAUAAAGUGUGAUAUAUCGAAUAAAGAAAAUAAUCAUCUUCCUUCUUUUCUAUUUUUCUUUUUUUAUUUUUUUUUUUUUUUUUGGUCAAAUUGAGGAAUAUAUUCUAUAGGUGUCGAAAGAAAAAAGAAAAAGAAGGGAAGACAACAAACAGUGUGUUUACUCGUCCGGUGGUUUACUUUUUCAAUGAUGAUGCAUGGAAGAAGAAGAAUAAAUCUUUUGGUGACUUCUUCUUUAUGGUUUAUUUAAGUUGAGACGAGGAUCGAACAGCGAGGACAAUUGGAAAUCUUUGAAUCGAUCGGUCGGUCGGUCGGUCGGUCGGUCGGUUGGUCAAACGUUAUUGUCGAAAUCCUUCUCGGUUUUUUUUCCGCUCAUCGAUGCCUCGGAAACAACCCCAUUGUGUGAGAUCACGGAUAAUAACCAGAAGAAAAGUCAAGUUUUUUCUGUGUAGAAAAAUCAUCUAUCUGAAUAUAAAAUAGAUGAAGUAAGAAGCAUUUGAGUGAGAAAUAAAAGAAGAGUUGUUGUUGUUGUAGUUGUUGUUGUUGUUGUUAUUGACAACUAAUUUUCGUUUUAGUUUAGUUUUUGAUCGGGGACAAUUUUUCGUUUCAACUUUAAACCCAAAGAUUCUUCUUUAAUCGAAGAUCUGAUAAUCGAAGAAGAAGAAGAAGAAGCAUAUCGUACGAGGAAGAUUCAUCGUCUUUGUUUCCGACGGUAUAGUGCGUGUUUUAUUUAUAAGUCCCCGUCAAUUAGGCCCGUCCUUGAGAGACAUUAGAGUCGAUGAGCGGACCGGUCGACUCGACCGUGUUCCACGCGAAAAACGUCCAAUACUUUUCACCCUCGGACACAUGACGCAUGACCCGAUAAAAAAACGUUUCUACUACCUGACUCGAAAAGAAGAAGAAGAAGAAGAAGAAGAAGAAGAAAAAGAAAAAGAAGGAGACUUUUCCCACGAGGCACGUCGUCGAUCAAACCUAACGUUCGUUUCUACGAGAACCAAUAAUCAACCUCGUAGAAUAAGAUAGGGGAAAAGAGAAAAAUAAAUAAAAAAAGGAUACGACACGAAUGAAAUUCUAAAACAGGAAAUUAAAAAACCAUCUGAGAAACAGAGAGAGAGAGAGAGAGAAAUAAGCUAACCAAAAAUUCAUAUCUCGAAAUGACGACCAUGGGUGUAACGGUAUUCUGCAACAGGGUUCAAAUAAAUGGAAACGAUCAGGAACAAUUGAUGCUCCUUAGAACCCUGCAAGAUAACGAGAGCAAUAUAUUAGGCAAUCAGCCCCAUUUAAUAUUUCCAAAAACUAACAAUAAUAAUAGUAAUAAUAAUAACAAUAGUAAUAGUAGUAAUAAUAAUAACAACAAUAGUGGAAGUGGUAUGACAGCGGUUAACGUUUUACCCCCUUACGAUCCAUCGAGGUUGAAAAAGCAUGGGAAGAACGGUCAACCACCUCCGGUUGCCGUAGCCAGGAGAAAUGCAAGAGAAAGGAAUCGCGUUAAGCAAGUUAACAAUGGUUUCGCAACCCUAAGACAACACAUACCGAAUCAUAUAGCGGCGGGAUACGGUGACAGGGGUAAAAAAUUGUCAAAGGUUGAGACACUUCGAAUGGCUGUCGAGUACAUCAGAGGACUUCAAAGAUUACUCGCGGAAGCCGAUGGUGUUGAAUACGAUUCGAAUUCUGCUUUGGGAUCACAGUGUGUUCCCUCGCCUACUAGCAGCAUCGUAUCGUCAAGUCACAAUGGUUCUGGAGAAAAAUUAACACUCGAGGACGACGUACUUACCGUUGAAGAUGCCGACGAAUGUGAACAAUUGGACGACGACGAGGAAAAUUGUAAAAACAAAAUGAAAUUACUUAGAAUAUCACCUAACCGAACGGCCAUAUCAUCGCCUCAUGAUUAUUAUGCAUCUUCCAUCGGAGACGAAGAAAAUUUAGAACCCCGUUGUUUGUCGUCCAAUAACGGUGCACACAAUUUUUCGCGAUUAUCCCCUAAUUCAGUGGCCUCCCCGCCAUCCGAGUAUUACGGACAAAACGAGGAAAACAUGGAACCUAGAAUACUGUCCCCAUAUAGCGGUGCCGGUGACAGUGAGGAAGGUGCUACGACCGUUUACGCGGCUAGCCCUGAAAACUUCUCAGGAGCCCUUUAUUACAAACAAGAGAUCACUGAGACCAGCGAAUUUAUGGACGUUGUCAGUUGGUGGGAACAGGAACAGGGCAGACUGGUGCAUCAUACUCAACAACACACUCAAAGGUUGGCACACGUGUAACUUAAAAUUACUUUAAUGAUUAUUAGCAAGAAGAAUAAUCGAGCAUGCAGCAAACUAAAGUGUAAUGAUCUCACGAAACCGAAAAGAAAAAAAAAAAAGGAAAAAGAAGAAUCGUCGUAGGAUAAAAUCUUCGACGUAAUAUUUAUUAGUACUUAUCGCACAAAAAGUAUUUUCUUUCUCGACCACUGCCUGAGACAGUCUUUCCUAUACCAUUUUUCCUAUUUUUUCUUUCGAAGAAAUGAUAUUUUACAGAAAUACAUUGUCAAUAGUAU